CUUUUAGCAAGUGCUGUUGUGCCACAUCUAGUCUUCUCCUCUGUGCGCCUAAACAGGAAGCUGAGAACACCGUCCAACUCCAUAACUACGUUCUGGUGUUGACUCCGAUCCAACUGUUACAUCGAAAUCAUGAGGGUUGCCAAGUGUCCAAAUCAGGAAUUUGCCCUCACAAACUGCGUCAUAGUCAACGAGGCAGAUUUUAGCACAGAAAUCAAGUAUGUGUGCAUCACAACUCCAGACCGGCGUCCCUUAAUCUACACAGUCCUGCACAAUGAUGAUGUCAAACCAGGCUAUGUUGGCUUAAAUGUCAUCCAGCGCAAGCAGAUCCUUGUUGAGCUCGACCAAGAGAUCAAUGUGGAGGCAUUCACGCCAGACCCUCAGCGGCAGCUGAUCAGCACCCUGGUGCUGGAGGCAGACUUCCUGCAGAAGAAGAGCACCACCAACGAGCCCUACAACACCGACCAGAUGGCCGUCAACUUCUUAGAGCAGUUUCCCCGCCACGGCUACCACAUUGGCCAGCCGCUCGUCUUCAAGUUCUGUGACAAGAAAACCCUUUCACUCAGGGUCAAGGAGAUCGAAGCGGUGGACGUGGAGGCAAUGGCAAGGGACAAGUUGGAGCCCCGCAAGCUGGACUUUGGGGUCCUCAACCCCAACUCGUCCAUCAUCUUCGAGAAGGCCGAGGGCUCGGCCCUCUUCCUUACCAGCGAGGCGCGCCAGUCGCACACGAGUUUGUUCGCCGCGGACUGGGACUUCCAGAAGAUGGGCAUCGGCGGCCUGGACGAGCAGUUUGUGCAGAUCCUGCGACGCACCUUCGCCUCGCGGGUCUUACCUCCUGAGGUCGUCGAUACGAUGGGCAUCAAGCACGUCAAGGGCAUCCUGCUCUACGGGCCCCCUGGUACGUCUGCUGUAUGGGUCCCCUGGUACGUCUGCUCUAUGGUCCUCCUGAAGAUAGACAUCGGCGGCCUGGACGAGCAGUUCGUGCAGAUCCUGCGACGCGCCUUCGCCUCGCGGGUCUUCCCUCCCGAGGUCGUCCAUACGAUGGGCAUCAAGCACGUCAAGGGCAUCCUGCUCUACGGGCCCCCUGGUACGUCUGCUCUACGGGUGCUGCGGGUGCCCUACAUCAGGGAGGUGGAGGACGUCAGGAUGGUGCUGGAGGAGUCCCAGGCCAUGUCUUCUGCUGAGGUGAUCCUAGUGACUUAUUUGUGGGGUGAUGAAGGUGCUGCGGGUGCUCUACAUCAGGGAGGUGGAGGACGUCAGGAUGAUGUGUAUAAGAGACAGCUGCUGGAGGGCGCCCCUACGGCGGGCACAUCGGCCCUGGCCGCUUACCUCGCCAAGAACAGCGACUUCCCCUCCGUCAAAGUGAUCACCUCGAGCGAGAUGGUUGGGUACACCGAGUCCUCCAAGUGCCUGCGUAUCAAAAAGAUGUUUGACGACGCGUAUAGGUCGGAGCUGAGCUGCAUCUUCAUGAACGACCUGGAACAGCUGAUGGGCUACUCCCCCAUAGGCCCGCGCUACCAGUCCAUUGUGCUCGACGCCAUGUACUCGCUUCUGUCGUCCUCGCCUCCUAAGGGUCGGAAGCUGCUGGUGAUCUGCACGAGCAAGAGGCGAGAGGUGCUGGAGGAGCUGGGGCUGCUGCCGAUGUUCACGGCGGUGCUGCGGGUGCCCUACAUCAGGGAGGUGGAGGACGUCAGGAUGGU